AUGAAUAUUUAUAAAUCGAUCGGACGAUUAUCUGCCUUCAGAUUUUCAACCUCUGUCAUUGAGAUUCUCAACAAAUUUGAUGAGGAAUAUUAUGUGAAGAAUUAUUUAAAUACAUUCACUUCCACGGGGUUUCCAUAGGCUAAUCUAAAGAUUGGCAAUAAAACCUGUAACCUUAUUGGGUUGCCAAGGACUGGAGUUCAGGAAACAAUAGUAGAUGAUUUAACUUCGCUAUUGCUGAAGGAUUAGAAGAAGAAUAAUUUUUUAAUACAAAUCGAUCCAUCACCAUAUUUAUAUGCUAAAAGAUAGCUUUAUAAAUUAUAUCAUUCAAAAGUGGAUCCAAUCAUAACUGAUAAUUUGUUUGAAUAAUUACCAACUUUACCUAUAGAUACCAAUGAAUUAAGAUUAGACUUAGCUAUAUUCGAUUCUAUCCAUUUGAUAUAGCAACACCCUUAGAUAAAUGCAGAGAAUAAAUAAAUCAUUUUCGAAUAUUUGAAUGGACAAAAACUGGGCUAUUAUUAAUCAACACUCAAAAGAUUAAAGGAGGCCAUACAAAAGGAUGGAAAAUUGUCCGAUCAAUUAUCAUAGGAGAGCGAUGAAAUGGCUUAAAAGUUUGCAGAUCUAUUAUCGAGCACAAUUCUUUACAGAGAUUAAAAUCAAACCGAUAUUGUCUAACUCAGUUUAUUACAAGCCUUGUAUAUGACAACAUUAAAAGGGUCAAGCAUUCAUUUAAUAGGAAUGUCGCAAAUAUAUUAGAGAAUAGCCAGUGGAAUCUUCUUAUCGUUAUCUGAUGUUUAGGAGAUGUUCAAUAACAUAUGUUAAGAAAUUCAAAGUAAGAGCAUUAGUGAGAAUAAUUUGAAUUAUUUAUUCGACUUCUAAACAAUGUUGUGGAAAUAAAAGGGAAUAGAAUAUUACCUAUUAUUCAAUAUUAAUCGUUAUUUGAAGAAUUCAAAGGGAGAAGAUGUCACAGUUAUUGUAGAUGCAUUGCAUUAUGAUCCCUUGAGAAUAGCAAUAUCAAAUUAACAAAAUAAUUUUAUUGAGGAAAUAGAAAAUAGUUACUUUGCAGAAUUUCAAUAUCCCAAAUUAGAGAAACCAGAGUAGGAUGAUUAAAUGUUGGAAAAACAUGCAAUUCUAAGUUCAGUUUUGUCAUUUUAAAUUUGGAAAGAGCCAUGCAUCAAUAAUCCAUUUCCAUAUUUAUCUAAAGAUUUCAAAACAAUGAGUGUAGAUGAGUAAAAAGAAAUUCAAGAUAAGUAUCACUAAUUUUAUGAGAAAUACACAACAAGAAUUCAGGAUGUGAAGAAUUCAUUAAAACAAUGA